GAGACAGAGGGACACAGAGAGAAGCGUACAGUCUCCAUUCUCACUCAAUUAGAAAACUCCAAGCAGGCUGUUGGUGUUUUGGGGGUUAUACCAAUGGAUACUGUUACAGCAGCAUCGGCUGCAUUAUGCUCCCCUUUCAUUAGUCAAUAUAUGGAAACCUUACGACAGAAGGAGGUCUACAGUGAUCAUGGCGGACAUUAAGAGAAUGACAAUCACUCCGGACUGCAUCUACUCCACCGUCAACAGGGUAAAUAAGUGUUUUGCUCGGCAGAGAAGUGAUUUACCUAUCAUCUCUUUGGAGGAAAACAAGAACGUCGAGAAAAGAAGAGAGCGCUCACCCAAAAUCCCCUUCACCCAAUUAGAGAACCUGUGCAACCAGUGGGGAGAAUCCUCCAUGAUGGCUCACAGGAGGCCGAGCUUUGACCCUCACAGCACUGAAAACACCCUCCUGGUGAGCAACAAGCUGCCCAAAUCCAAUGGAGGCAACAUCAAGGAUAAGAUCUCUCUGUGGGAGGGGAAGGAACCCACACACUCACCCAUUACCUCAGGUUCUUUGGGCCAGUGUGCCAGCAUAAAAAAGACAGAAUCCAUCACAAAAAACAGCAAAACCUGCGAUGAACCGAGUGCAGAGAGUUGCCGGAGAGUAGCUCAUACGGAAAAGGGAAACCCCGGUAAAGAGAACCUGGGUAAUCUUGGGGAUUCAAGACCCUGUUCACCCGUCGAUACUGGGAAACAGCAAAGAGGGACGCUCAAGAGUAGCAAGCCCAGUGAAAAUCACAAUGGGGAGGAGGGUGAUGUUGUUGUGCACAAAGAAAGGCAAGAUCGCGAGAAAGAGAACGGAGGAAAGCUCGUUGGUUCAAGGCCUUGUUCGCCUCCGGCAGCGGCACAGCAGCCAGUGGGGACGUUGUGGAAAAGCAAAGAAAGGAGAACGGCAGAACAAACCAGCAAGGAGAAGAGAUCCGUGUUCACCCUUUUCAAAAACCUGGAGGCCAUGGGGGAGAACCACGGGAAAACCCCUCCUGAGCUCGGAAACUACUUCAGUCCACCGAGCAAGGACAAACAGGCGAGUCAGACGGGUGCAGCGAGGGGGAAGCAGCAGCAGGAGAAUGUGUACACAGAGCCAGGGGCGCCCCCCAUCAACCCAGUGCCCAAACCCCGACACUUCGAGCAUCCAGCCACCGCCGGCAUCGGGAAGAGUCAGAGGAAGGGGAGAGAGCAGAGGAACCUGCCCCCUCUGCCCUCCAUCUCCACGAAGACUUCCUCUAAACCUCCAUCCGGCGUCUACGGGAACCCCAGGGGAGAGAGGGUCAGGGACAGCAGGGAAUCCUUUGAGUUCGAAGAGCUCACAGGGUCAACUAGCCCGCUCCCCUCUCGCUCCCUGUACCAGGAACAUCACUAUGAAGACAUCCCAGACUUGUCCAAAGAGAACCCAUAUGAGGACAUAGAGUUGGAGAGUCAAUGCUCCCAGCAGUCCUUGCCCUCCUCUCCCGGCGCCGACACCACCAAGAGCCUGAGGCCCGGCUUCUUCAGGCAGAAUUCAGGCAGAAGCUUCAAGCUGCUGGACCUGCGGAGGACAAACCAGUCUCCUCACAGCACCAGCAGCGGGGGCGUUUCAUCUCCACCCCAGCUCAGCCCUCCGUCCACUCCCACUCUGCCUGAACACGCUUCCUUGAGGCACGGAGAUCCUUACAGCCGCACCUGCCGCAGGAUACCAACGGUUGUACUGAGAAUCAACAGCAUCUUCGAGGCUCGGAUCGGGAAGAAACGUCUCCGUAGGAUCUAUCAUUAUGCCGAGACAAGCUCAGGGAGAGUUACGGAUGAGAACAGUGACUCUGAGAGUGAAGUUGAAGAAAGAGCAAAAGCUCAUCGUCAGCGUCUCGCGUCGGUCAAGUCCAUACUGAGCCAACCUAACCAGGCCCACUACAACGGAACCAACACCAGAAACAGCUCCCUGGAGCUGGAGCUGCACCAGCGUCGGCUCUUUGAGUAUUUCCUAGUCGUGUCACUGCAGAAGUCCAAGGCUGGCGCGCACUAUUUGCCGGAGGUCACGCAGCAGUUUCCCCCGAAGCUGGAGAGGAGCUUCAAGUUCAUGAGAGAGACGGAGGAUCAGCUGAGGAUCAUUCCUCAGUUCUGUUUCCCCGAUGCAAAAGACUGGAAGCCGGAGGAGAACUACCCAAGUGAGAUGUUCUCCUUUGUUUUGACUGGAGAAGAUGGCAGCAGGAGGUUCGGAUACUGCCGGCGAUUGCUGCCCAGCGGGAAAGGAAAACGUCUACCAGAAGUCUACUGUAUCGUCAGUCACCUGGGCUGUUUCAACCUGUUCUCCAAGGUGCUGGACGAGGUGGAGAGGCGGAGGGCUUUGUCUCCGGCCCUCGUGCAGCCUUUCAUGAGAGCCAUCAUGGAGGCUCAGUUUCCAGCUCCGGGCAGAACCAUCACCAUCAAAACGUUCCUCCCUGGCUCAGGCACGGAGGUGAUGGAGCUCUGUCGGCCCUCUGACUCACGCCUGGAGCACGUGGAUUUUGAGUGUCUGUUCUCCUGUCUGAGUCUGCGCCUGCUCCUCCGGGUGUUGGGGUCGCUGCUGCUGGAGCGGAGGGUCAUCUUCACCGCUGACAAGCUCAGUACUCUCUCCCAGUGCUGCCACGCUGUUGUGGCGCUGCUCUACCCCUUCGUGUGGCAGCACACCUACAUCCCCGUGCUGCCCUCGGCCAUGCUCGACAUUGUCUGCACUCCCACGCCGUUCCUCGUUGGCCUGCUGUCCAGCUCCCUGCCGCAGCUCACUGAGCUUCCCCUGGAGGAGGUUCUGGUCGUGGAUCUUGGGAACAGUCGAUUUCUCAGACAAUUGGAUGAUGAGGACUCCAUCCUGCCCUCCAAGCUCCAAUCCGCCCUGGAGACGGUUCUGGAGAGGAGGAGAGAGCUGGCUUACGAGAGAGGGGGAGACACACCCGGUGAUCCGGGCCACCUAAGCACCGUUGUGUCCGAGGCCUUUGUGCGUUUCUUCGUGGAGCUGGUAGGCCACUAUCCACUCUUCAUCACAGGGGAACGGGAAGACGGCUACUCGUCCUCUUCCUCCUCCCCAGUCUCCUGCUCCUUCCUGCGCGAGGGUUUUCGUAAAGCAAUCCUGUCGAAGACCGUGCGCCGCUUCCUGGAGGUCUUCAUGGAGACCCAGAUGUUCGGCUGGUUCAUCCAGGAGAGAGAGCUUCACCGGCAGGCGCUGAGAGGACUGUUUGAGGUGAGGGUUCAGGAAUACUUGGACUCCAUCCACGAGAAUGAACACCGGAGGGUUAACCGGUUUCUCAAAGGCUUGGGAAACAAAAUGAAAUUUCUUUCCAAGAAAUAAUGCCAUUGUGAAACACACACACACACACACACACACACACACACACACACACACACCGAGACACACAC